AUGCCAUCUAUAAGGGUCAAAAGACACACUUACUCUUCGUUGGGCAAUCACUCUGAGGGUGGUAAUUCGAGGUCUCUUGCGCAAAUUUUCAGACGGAGCCAAUCGGUCCAGGAUGAACCUCAGCCUUCUUCCUUCCCCGCUCAAUCAACUAGACCUACUCAAAACCAAGGGCCAUUGCGUCUAAGCUCGAGCAGCAGAGUACAACACCAUCUUCUGUCUCUACAGACACCGUUACUUGGUGGAGAUCGGAGUAGAGCCCGGGCUUUUUCGUUACCCCAGAGGCUCCUCUCAUUUCAUCCAUCCCCAGCACCUUCAAUUGGAUCAGGAAUCGCUACACUUGAACACUCAUCAAUAGAUGUACAAGUGCCAGGGGAGGGAGAAAAUGGACCAGGACUUAUAGAUAGUGCACUGAGUCUUGCAGAAGAAAAUGUUGACUUGGUUCACCACCAUGACGACGUCGUAGAGCAUCUGGACGUUAUUGAUCCACAGGUAGCCACCGCAAAUAAUUUGACAAACGCUGCCAACUCAAUUCUAAUACCACCAUUUUCAUUCCACUUUCGAAAACCUGUAGUCGCGUUAUCUCCACCACCUUUCCCUUCUGUUGAGAGUGCUCGCGCAGCUGAAGAGCAAGGACGGCCCGUGUUGGAAGACUCAUUGGAUCGACACGUCGAUGAUGUUAUGAGGCGGCGCGAUAAGAUUAGGAGGACAUUGAAAGGAGUUUGGUCGUUUCUCAAGACUCCUCUGGGCAUCGUCACUGGGAUAUACGGCUUUCUCGUCGUGUUUUGGGGUGCUGCGAUUGUCGUCUUUCUCCUCAAAAUCAUCAACUUCCAUAAUGCCAACACACAAGGCUUUUGGGUCGAGGUCAGCUCACAAGUCGUCGAUGGGCUAUUCGCCGUGACGGGUAUCGGAUUUAUACCCUUUCGCGUUCUCGACACUUACCGUAUUAGCAAAAUAUAUUCUUACAAACGACGAACGAGGGAGCUCCGAGCAAAGGCUGGUUUACCGCAGUUGUUUGAUGAAGACGACCUUCCAGAUCCCGUUUACGACCCCAACUAUGUCCACGUACUGACUGACGAAGAGCAGAAGGAUUUGCAUCGACAACAAGUCAAAUUUCACCACAGCCAGACGUGGUACAAACCUCACGGUACUAGCACCCACCGGGCUUUUCCGAUUGGUUAUGCCUUAUUGAUAUGCUGUUUGAACGAUGGUAACUCGAUCUUUCAAAUAAUUCUUUGUGGAACCAUGUGGGGGUUGAACAGGUUUGAACGACCUGCAUGGAGUACCGGGAUUCUGAUCCCCCUGGGUUUCCUUUGCGGUAUAGGCUCUGCAGUGGUCAUAGCCCUCGGAAGCGCGAAAACAAAACGUACUGCGGAGGUGGAACAAAGGCUUAAAGACGCGUUAGCGUUGUAUCACGGUUCUGAAGACCAUGGAUCUAAUACUGAGAUUGCGGAUACUGAUGUCGCGGAUAACAUACCGCGUCGUUCUGGUUCUACCAGCCUCAGAGCUAUACCAGAAGGAUCAUCCCACGUCGGAGGACAAGCAAUGCAGGAAAAAUCAUCCAUCAAGGAAGAAAAUGGGUUCGUUCCGCAGAAAGAACUAUCUCAGUAAUGUUCAGAGGGACUUGUAUCUUUAUUGUACUUAUUAUUCACUUGUACACACUAUUUGGCCUCCUCUACCAUAACUUUGCCUCAAAGCCUUUUCCAUUGCCUCGCUGCCCGGAGUCUUUUUGUUGCUGUGCCCAUUGCCUCUUUGAUGCUAGGCUUGAAAGUCAUUAAUGUUAAGGCUUAAGGAUCCCUGGGCAGCAGGGUGAACAGGACAGACCAUGAUACUCAAAUUGUUUUACGA